CGGGUCGAGCGAGCGCUGCGCGGGGCUGCGGCCGCCGCUCCCCGCCGGGCGCGCCUUGCACGGGUCCGGAGUCGCGGCCGCAUUAUGGUCAGCCAUGGCGUGGCUGCCGGGCGGGCUGGCCGAGCUGCGCUGGGGCGCGCUGGUCGCCCUCUUCGUGGCGGCGCUGGCCACGCUGGCCGUGUACCUGGUGCAGUACGCGCUGCUGGCGCUGCGGAGGGGCCGCCCGCCGCCGGCCCCCGCCGCCCCGGUGCAGCGGGACGAGCUGCUGGAGGAGGGCGGCUCGGUGCUGGCCUGGGCGCUGUCGCGGGGCAGCUGGAGGCGGCAGUGGCGGCGGGCCUGGGUGGCGGCGCUCCGAGCCGAGGCGGCGGAGCGGGCGGAUUCUCAGUUGCUCACGUUUGAGGAAGAUGACCCAGCAGAACCACUUGAGCUAGCAGUUAAAGAAGUUACCAGUGUUGUAAAGUCAGCUGGAGAGAAGGUGGUUUCUUGCAAUGUUGUGGGAGAUUCUGUGAAAUUCCUCGUUGCUGUCUCAGCCCCUCCACCCACAGCUGCUGAAGCUCAGUCGUAUUUUGUGAAGCUGUCCCCAGUCCACCUGCAGCUUCAGCUUUAUGUGAAAGACAAAGGAGAAGAUGUCAAAGUUGAGUGGUUCCUCAUUAACACCGAAGAAAUCAACUUUGAAAUCCAGCCAGCAGUGCAGGAGGGACAGACAGCAGGGACAUGUGCAAUAUCUGAAACGCUCAGAGAUGUCUUGAAGAACCUCUUCAGCUCAGCUUCUCCAUCUGUAGAGUUGAGUGUGAGGCCUGCAGAUACAAAGGAGGUUCAGAAUGUACAGAACACGAGCCUUCUCCCUCAGGGCACGAGUCCUCCCAAGCCUCCCAGGGCUCACGACCUCAAGCUGCUGGUGAGGAACAUCGCGGCGGAGCCGAGCGAUCUCCGUGCUGCAGGCAGCACAGACCUUGUGUGUAUAGCUCAGUUGAAUGACCCUAUGCAGAAGUUUUCCAGCUCUGUAGCCAAAAAUGCUGCACAUCCCUUUUGGAAGGAAGAGUUUAUCUUUGAACUAAGUGCCAAAUCAAAAGCAUUGCAACUGCAAAUAGUAGAAGACGGAAAGUUGGAUAGUGCUUUAUCCGGGCAGGUGACUGUACCUCUGGACCUGUUCAGGAAGCAGCCCUCUGGCCAGCACAGCUUUGCACUGAGCAGCGGGGCCGGGGAGAGCGGCUCGGAGCCAGGGCUGGCAUCCAUCAGUGCAGAGUUCUCUUUUAUAGAACCCAGUGAACUGAAGGCAAGGCAGGUCUCCUCUCCAGUGCUGGCCACCAAGAUCGAAAAGGACCGCACUGUGAUGCCCUGUGGGACUGUGGUCACCACUGUCACUGCUGUGAGAACCAAACCUCGUCUGGAAGGGAGAUCCUCCCCCCUGAGCACAGAUUCUCCUGUGAAAACUCCAGUUAAAGUAAAGGUGACUGAAAAGGAUUUCAUUGUUGAAGCCCUCCAUUCUCAUGGUGCUCCAGUCAGCAAAACUUUGUCAUCUUCAGAUACAGAGCUGCUGGUACUGAACGGCACCGACCCUGUGGCAGAAGCAGCCAUUCGGCAGCUGAGCCAGUCUGCAAAGCAGAAGCUGAAGUCUCCUCGGAAGAAAAGCACCAUUAUCAUAUCAGGGGUGUCCAAGACCUCUUUAUCUCAGGACAGUGAAGCUUCACUGAUGAUGGACUAUGCUGCAGCCAUGGACAGCUCCUGCAGGGAAGCAGAUGCACCCACUGUGGAGGAAGCUGUUGCAAAAAUCACCUCUGAUAAAAAGCAGUCUUUGGAUGCUUCAGAAAGAGUCCCUGGCACCGACCCACAGCAAAGCACCCACAAGGCCUGGGGUUUGGAGAAUGGCAGCCAGCAGUGGGACACCAGCACACUCUUAGACCAGACCUCUGAAGAAAUGUCUGGGAGUUCAUUAAGUGUUUCAGAAACUGGGAGCAUGAAAAAAUCUAAAGGUGGGAUUUUGAAGAAAAGCGCGAAGCUGUUUUUCCGCCGGCAGCACCACCAGAAGGACCCGGGAAUGAGCCAGUCCCACAACGACCUGGUGUUCCUGCAGCAGCCUCUGUCAGAGGAGAGCCGCAAGAAGGGGGGGACACUCUCACGAAUUCUGAGCAAGAAGCUCCUUUCCAGGAACAAGAGCAAGAACAAACUGAACGGGGCUUCGGGAGAGCCGUACCUAUGAACCCAAACCCUCUCCGAUGGGAUUCCUGCUCACCAGUUGAGCACUUGUUUACAGAGCAGUACUAGAGAAUACAAAUAUGGCUGAUGACUUGCAUAAAAGGUUGUUCGCUAUUAACAGUGGUCUUUUUGGUUUAUUUUUCCAAAAUGUUUUUUCUCUCUGAUGAUGGAAGCCGCUCCUCUAAAGACGAGCAGUGCUGAAUGCGUCCAGCUUUUGGAGGAGUGUGUGGUUUCUUCUGGAAGAGGAGGGAGGAUGAGGAAUGGUGCAGGUGGGGACCAAGAAGGCACCUGAUGUCCUGGGGUGCACUGGGAAGAGCCUUUCCAGCAGGUAAUGCCCCUGUGCCCAGCCCUGGAGGCACCUCUGGGUGCUGUGUCCAACUCUGGCUCCUCAGCACAGCAGGGACAGGAGCUCCUGGAGCUGAGCAAGGGCCUGGAGCAUCUCCGUGCCCAGGAAAGGCUGAGGGAGCUGGGGCUGCUCAGCCUGGAGAGGAGCCCCAGUGAGAGGGGCCUCAGCCCUGGCUGUCCCUGUGUGUCCCUGCCUGUCUGUCCCUUUGUGUCCCUGUGUGCAGGAGGGCAGAGCAGGCCCAGGCUCUGCUCCAGGCCCAGCAAUGGCCCCAGAGCCACGGGCAGGGGCUGAGCCCAGCAAUUCCCUGCACAGGAGGCACAACUUCUGCCCUGGGCAGUGCCCAGCCCUGAGCAGAGCCCAGAGAGGCUCUGGGGUCUCCUCCCUGGGAUAUUCCAGAGCCAUCUGGACACAGCCCUGUGCCCUGGGCUCUGGGAUGGCCCUGCUGGAGCAGGGAGGUGGCACCAGUGACCCUCUGUGACUUCCAGCCUGACUGAUCCUGUAGGGGGGACCCAAAUGUGAUCAGCUCAUUUACAUCAACCGAGAGCUCCGAACUGAAACCUCACACCCAGCUUAUGUGACUGAACCUCCACAGAGAGAGAAGACACCGCUGUGCUCCCUCUCUACAGCCUGCAACAGUAGCAACUGAUUUUUCUAGUCUGACUGAAAGGGGGGAAAAAAGAGGCCCAGAUCCAGUUUGUGCUGUAAUUUGGAAGCGGGUGAGUGUUCAGAAGCAGAAGGAAAACGCUGACUCAGACACCCUACUGUAAUAACUGUAGCCUGCUAUAAUCACUGCUCAGCCCGUGGAGGUGGAGAGAUGCCUUUGACAUUAGCCAUAAAUCAAUAAAUUAUGCAAAUACCAAUACUAGCAUAUUGUUUAAUGUUCUGCUUUAAAAAAGUUACGCUUUAAAACACAGAACUUGAGUGGGUUUUUUUAAAUUUACUUGAAGCUACACGCAAACAAAGUAUUUGUAAAAUCUUACAUGUUGCUUUUCUUCCCUGUGUGAGAAGCUGUAUUGCUGAUGCAAAAACUCAUCCAAGGGGCUCUAAUUCCUUCUCCCAAAUGCUUGUUAGACAAGUAUAUAAACCAUCAUAUCAAAUGCAAAGCUAGGAGCAGUAAAUGGUGAGUAGAGCAUAGUUAACACUACAGUGCUUUUCAUUGGAAAGCUUGUCUUGCCAAACACUGAGAUCUUAAAAUACACAGUUGUGAAGAAAGCUUUGAAAAAAUAUUAGUUCCCUUAGUUCAGUUUGUAGAUCUACCAGUGUUGUCAUAUGCUGAGUAGUUGGUCAGAUGAGUUUUUUAAACCUUUUUUCCUUGCUAAAUUUUGCAGCUGGCUCCUUUAGUCUAAAAUGAAAAACUGAUGGGAGUGAAGGCAUAGUUCUCAUUUUGGUUAUGAAGAAGAGUAAAAUGUCAGUAUUUCACAGGUACCAUUUUUCAUGCUUUACCUGUAUUUUUCCAUCAUCUGCAUUCCUGCUGAGGACAAAGGACCAAGCCUGUUCUCUUCAGCCAAGAAAAACAUCCAAUCAUUCCAUCUAAAUUACUGACCUGAAUGGAUGAUAGACCUUGUGCCUACUUUGCCAACAGUGAUUUUUCCCCUGGCCCCUUUCCUUCCUUUAAGCUGUCCAACACUUUGGCAGAUAUUUGGGCUUUCAAUUUAAAGCAUUUGUCAAAAACAGAAAGUUACUGAAGAAUAGAAACACAUUUCAAAUUUCUGACUGACUCAAGGUUCCCUGGUAAAUUUAUAUCAAAGUGUAGAAGGGGUUUGGUUUCUUUUUACCAAGAAAAUAUUAGAACUGAACGGUCAAAAUCUUUAAACUGUUUACGAAUACUGUUUAUGUGUAACCUAAGAUCACUGUGGUAGUUCAGUAGACCAGGCUGUCAAAUAGUUGUACAUUUAAGCAUGCUGCUUGUUAUGAAACACUUGAAGGCUUUUUAAUGUUCUGUACUUUGAAAAUUGGGUACAAAUGAAUCUUCUGGAGCUGUAUUGUGCUUGGAAAUCCCAGUUCAGUAAUACAGGUUUGUCCAGCCUGAAUGUGCCUGAACACUUUGGUUUAUUUCUAAUUUAAUACAAAGUAGAAAUUUAGUUUCUUCAUUUGUUCUACCGUGGUUCAAGAUGUGAGCAUUGAAACCCCUGAUGUCAUGUUCCCUCAACAGACACUUUUUCUCUUGAUUUUACCAGGAACUCUCUGUGUUAGGGGACAGGGUGGGCGUCAAGUCCCUGCCAUUUUUAAAUGCUGAAGGAUAAAACCACACUGUUCUCUAAAUUCAAGAAACCCAAAUGAAACUGAGCUCCAUGGGUAGCACAUCCAUACCCUAAAAACAAAGAGCUGUGGAAUUGGGACUGUAGAGGCAGCACAUAACAUUACUUGAAGUCUUCUUAAAUUACUGAGCUGGGAUUUUAAUUUACAGCAGCUUGAGCACGUACUGUAGAACAGAGUGAAAUAACACUGAGUAACUUGCAGGAUACAGCACUGGGAUUUGCUUGUAAUUUACCCCAGAAAAUGGAUACACAUGAAAAGAGUGCUUGUUCUUAAGGUUUUGAUGAUCACUUGAAUGCUUGUCUGAAUGGUGGGAAUGAAGGACAUUCUUUACUGCAAACUGUGUGAAGGUUUGGGCUCACAUGUGUUAAGAGAGAAUGAAUUCUUCAGAUUAGGAGAGCAAGGCACUGGGUGUAAAAAGGGAAUUUGUUUUUUUAUUUGCCUUCACUCCUCAGGAAAAUAAACAUUGUUUGGUUUGAUGUUGGAUCUCUGUAUCUGGCGGGUGUGUUCCUCACCUCUUCUUACUCCUCUGCAAAUAAUUUAUGUCCUGCUGUAAAAACAAGCUAAGGCACUAAACACAAGGGGACAAUUGAGUUGUGACAACCCAAAGACCCACAAUAACGAAUCCCAUUCCCUCCUUAGGUUGUCACUUAAGACCAGGAGAUCUGAGGAUGUACAUUUCUUGUGUAUAUGGGUCAGUGUGAGCUGGAUCCUCACAACCUGCAGGAUCCACACUGCAGUUUUGGGUCAAAAAGAUUUGAUUUGUCAACUGGCACAAAUAACACUGUGAUGUGUCCUGUGCAGUUUUUGUGAAGGAAUCACCUUGUUUAUUUUGUAAUUUGAUCCAUUGUUCAAAUGUCUAGUUAUUAAAAUUACAGAGAAUUUUAAUAACUACCCAUUUGGUAAAAUCUUUACAUUAUAUUAUUACACUGAACACUUGUUGUUUACUGCCUUGCAAUUUAAUGUGGUCAGAACAGUAGAUUGGAAACAACCUGUGAAAUAUUCAUUCCUUUUGUCCCUUUUUCUCACACUUUUGUGUUUCUGGAUGUUCUGUACAGCAAAGAAAGCAUGAUAUUUCUUCCAUGAGGACUAAGAGAUGAAGGCUUGCAUUUCCUUUCUUAAGAAUUUUUUUGUCUAUACCUGCAACUUCUUAAUUUGUGUCUGUAGUUUGUUUUGCUUUAUGGUGUUUAAAUUUGCCUCAAUGGAGACAAGCCCUAUCCUCACCAAGAUUUGUCGUAGCUUUAGUGUGAAUUUUGACUGAGCAAAUAGUACAAGAAUUAAAUUACUCUUUGUAGAUGAAAGCAAUAAAACUACCUAAUAUCUCCAGUGGGAAUACAAGCUAAGUAACUUUCUUAAAGUGAUUGAGAAAGAGGAGGAGUCACUUUAAAGAGGAGGGAAGGCUUUAUCCCUAGGUCAUUGGUAUUUUAUAUCCCACUUGACCCAGGAAGAAUUUAGAGUCAUUUCACUCCUAACAAUAUAUGACACUUGGGAAUCUGAGGCAGAAGGAAUGCCAGGGUAGAAAAAAGUUCAUUUUGAAAACAAAAUACCUUUGCCAAACUUCUUCAGCUUAAUGGACAAGUCAUACGCUGUGCAGUCAAAAAUAAUGGGUUUUAUUCUUACCAUUUCUGACAGUUUUUCUUUUUCCCUGCUCUUUCUUUGGGAGACAGGUUGGGGUUCCAGGCCAUACGGACCUUGUACUGUCUUGCUCUUGAGAGGACUGCAUUUAUAGUGCUGCUUUUUUGAUGAAACUGGCUGGAAAUUACACCAGUUUUGGGGAUUGGUGGAAUUUUACAGCAUUUUCUGGUACUGCAUCUCCUUGCUGGUUCUAGGUGUUUUGCAAGUGAAAACUUUCUGCUGUGUAUUUCUUGCAGAGUUCUGCUGUUCUUGAUGUGCAAAACGUCAUAGGAAAAAAAAAGUUGAAAGCAUAAAAUGCUAUCAAAUGUGGAUGGGGAAGCACACUAAGAAUCUUGUUCUUAACACCUGUUUUAGGUCUGGGAGCUCUGGGUGUUACACGGAGCAAGGUGAGAGCUGCCUGGAUUUUUCAGCUGAGUUUAUUGCAGGCUUUGAUUUGGAGAGCUGAGGUUUGAGAGAAGUGCUUCUAGAAUUGACUGUGCCAUAGCUCCAGGCUAAGACAUUCCUGUUGUGAGUGGGAACAGCUGACCUCAUGCUCUGACCUCAGCAGGACCUAAGUGGAUUUAUUCAUGUGUUUAAAGUCAGCAUAUGCUUCUGCACAUUGCUAAGCCUCAGCCUUGGUGACAAACAACUCCAGAUUAAUUAUAUAACAAGGGUGAUUACUUUAAGUUAAGGGUGAAUAAUACCACUUCACUCAGGAUAUCCAAACUGAUACUAUGCAAGGUGCUGGCAUGGUGUGAAAAUAGCUGGGAAGGAUAAUCUGAGGUCUGUCCAGUACUAUAACUCUGUAUUUCCCAAUGAUGUAUUAUGCUCUGUAUUAUUCCAGGUGGAGUAAAACAUUUUUUUUUUCUAGCAUCAACUGUCAUAGUCACUUCUUCUGUGGUGUGUUUUUCUUCCUGUGCAUACAUAAGCUUAAGUUGGUGCAAUUAUGAAAUCUAUGAUGUACAGAUUUAUUAUAUCACUACAAAAACCUAAGAGGAUUUUUUAAAAGAAGUAACUCCUGCUGUACGUACAAUAAAAGCCAAUUGUCUCUG